AGCCCUCCGUGGUGAUGUUCCAUCAGGUCACUUGACCAAACCCGCCAGUCACGAUGGGCUCAAAGGAUCAGAAUAUCCAGCCAUUGCGCGCCAUCGCAAUCAACUGUUGCGUUUCAAAUCCAGUGAUUCGAUGCCUCGACCAAGCACCGGUCAUUCAACUGUGCGUGCCAAGGCGUUCUUCAUUUUGCUGCUCCUGGGUGGGCAUGAAGCCGUCCGCAUUCACGAGGAUGUCAACCUGACGGCCCUAACCUAUCAGAAUGAAGACCCCAUGUGGGAGAAGGUCUACAGAGAUAUGAACAAGGAUUGCUAUUGGGAGCGCACGUGGGGCUAUUGCUACGGUGAUGGAUGCGUGUGGAAACCCUUCGCCUUGGACUUUAGACCUCACGAGGGAUCAUGCCGGAAGAGUGAUAAAUACUUGCUGAAGACGGACCCUCACAACUCCAUGCAAAUGUUUGCUGGAAUCCUCAAAGCAAAGAGCGAGAAGUACGCCAAGAACUGCCAAG